ACACGAUGCGUAUCAAAAAGCUAUCGACAUACCUUUCUAAUUUGUUAUGGUGAACACUAUCCUGGUCUGGGAUAAAUACGUAUCAAGUAUAAACACAACACAGAAAUCAUUCCAUUAUUCCAAUAAGAACGACAACAUUUUACAUUUGAUUGAUAAAUGUCGAUCGAGAAUCCAUAAUUGUAGCUUCCAGACUGAUUUUUUGUAACUAAUAAUUAGUAAAAUGGAAAUCGAUGACAAUCAAAACAUACCAUGUAACAUAUUGAAAGAAUAUCAUGAUAGUAUUAUUCAAGACAUUCAAGGAGAUAUGAUCCUUGCCUUAUUUGAAACACAGGUGUUAACAGAAAAUGAAUAUAAUAAUAUUAAAUCUGAGAGAAACCGCGAGAAAGAAGCUUCUCGUUUGCUUGAACUAUUACCAUCAAAAGGUAGGAAUGGUAUCAAUCAGUUCCUAAACCAUUUGUCAACACAUUAUUCAUGGAUAGCUCGUCUUUUACAACAUUCCAUAACAAUUAAAUAUAAUGUCAUGUUUUCAAAAAAAAUACAGGAGUCUUUAACUGCUGGUGAAGUACCUCAAUUAUCAUCAAGACAUGUAUCACGAGUUAAACAUGUAAAAACAUUAAAAAAACUAUUAACAGAGUUAGAAGUGAAUAAUUUUAUUAUUGUAAAUGGUAUGACUGGCUGUGGAAAAUCUAGUCUAGUUGUUGAAGUGUUAAAUGAUCCCUUCAUUACAAUGCAAUACUUUCAGGGAUUUGUGCAAUGGAUACAUGUUGGCCAAGAAAAUUCUUCACAUCCUGAAUGUAUUCAAACUGAAAUAUUAAAUAGAUUAAAUAACCAAGAACAGCUUAUUACACCUCCUCUAAUUAUAGAUUAUGAAGAAACAAGGAAAAAAAUUCGAGAUUUAUGGAAACAAAAACAAUUAACUGGAGGUUUAUUGAUUUUGGAUGAUGUAUGCAGUAAUGAAAUAGUUAAAUCCCUGGAUAUCGGAUGUAAAAUAUUAAUAACAACAAAUGAUAUAAGUAUUAUGGAUGAUAUAAUAGAUACUCGAGUGAAAUAUUUAAAAGUAAAUGAAGGAUUUGAAGAAAAGGAAACUUUAGAUUUAUUUUCAAAAUGUUUAAGUGUCGACUUAAGGUCUUUACCUUCACAUGCAUCAAAACUUCAUAGUAUAUGCAAAGGAUUUCCAUUAACUAUUUCACUUAUUGCUGCUCAACUCGAAGUUCAUAGAGAAGAAACCAUUAAUAAUACCGAUAGAUGGGAAUUUUAUUUGAAUGAAUUAUCAGAUAAAACUAGUGAACCUUUUAAAUAUACACGUCAUAGUCAAAAUCAGUUUAAGAGUCUUGAAAAAGCAAUAGAAAUGUGUAUAAAGAGUUUGCCAGAUGACUUACAAAAGAAUUAUCAAGAUUUUUCUAUAUUUGUAGAAGAUUUAAAUAUCAAACCAGAAGUUUUAUCCAUACUUUGGAAUAUAAAUCAAAUCGAAGUUGAAGAUAUUAUGUCAGAAUUAAUGCGAAAAAGUUUAGUAGUUAGAGUUUGGAAUCAACCUUUAAAUAGUUAUGUUUAUUCAAUACAUGAUUUGCUCUUAAGUAAUUUAAAAAAAAUGAUGAAUCGUCAGGAAUAUAAAGCAUUGCAUAAAAAAUGUAUUGAUCGUUAUAGAGAUUAUUGCAAAGGAAAUUUUGCCAAUCUUCCAAAAACUGAUAAUUAUAUAUUUUUAUAUUUUGGAUAUCACCUUAAAAAUGCUGAUAUGCUAGAAGAAUUUCCUCAGUGGUUUUUAAAUUUAAGGUUUAUUGAAUCAAAAAUAUGUGCAACUGGUCCUGCUGAUUUAUUAGCUGAUUUGAAAAAGUAUAAAACAUAUAUUGUUGUACAGAGUACUUAUGAGUAUAUUAAAGAAAUUGAAAAUUUUGUCAAACGCUGCGGACCUAAUUUAUAUCGAACUAAGUGUGAUAUUGUGCAGCUAGGCCUUCAAGAACCAGAAACUUCUUUUAUAUAUACUGAAUCAUAUAAACUUGCCAAAGCUAGUACACAAUUAUAUUUUUACUAUGAUAUUCGACCUUCUCAAAAUUUUCAUCCAGAACCUCAUAUAUCUAUUGUCAGAGAUAAAAUUGAAACAGUUAUUUUUGGAAAUCGGCAUGAUGAGGUUUUAAUUGCUACUAAUAGUGGAAGUAUAAAAUUAUGGAAUAUUAUCUCUGAUAAAUGUUUAUAUACUUAUAAUGGUCACACCAAAGUAGUUACUCAUUUGGUUAAGAAUAAAUUAAAAAAUCUAUUUUUGUCAACAUCUGAUGAUUCAACCAUACGUAUUUGGAAUAUGAACAGUUUCCCUGAGUCUGAAAAUUCAAAAACGCGAACACCAUCACCUGAAUCUAGACAAGAACAUUGGCAAAAUGUUUAUCAUCAAGAUUACAAAAGACCAACUGGAAAUAUUAAUACUGAUUGUGUUUUUGUGUUAAAACAUGAUUCACCUGUCAUUUUUGCACAAUUUUCUCCAUACGACGAUACCCUAGUUGUUUCAUCCUCUACUGAUAAAACUUUAAAGAUAUGGAAAUUGAAAGAUGGCAAUUAUGCAAUUCACAAGUCAUUCACCCUUAAUUGUAUCAUCAAUAGAUGUUAUUUUGUUGGAAAUAUGACACAUGAAGCUAGAAUACUGUUUUCAACACUUGUAAAUGGUCCAAUUAAAACUAGUGCUAUAUAUAGAUGUGAAUGGCCGUUUGACCAUUAUGCUGGAUUAUUUUACUUCAAAGAAAAAUUGUUAUCAUUUUUCUAUCUACCUAGUUCAGAAGGACAAGAUAAAAUGCUGGUUAUGACACCAAAUCUUGUGCGAAGUUAUGAAUUUAACUGGGAAAAUGAAAAUAAAACUUCACUACCAACAUUAGUUUACCCUAAACCAGUAGGUUACCGGCAUUAUAAAUUGUCUUCUAUUUCUGAGGAGAAUACAUAUAAUAAUUUCCGGUAUAUAGCGUUCAGUCUGAGUAAUAGUACAAUAAAAAUUUGCGAUUUAUCCAAUGGGUACAAUUUUCUGGAUUUGUAUAAUUCUAAUGAAGGCAUAUCAAACUUAGACUGGUUUUGGUCUAGAACAGAUCAGAGUAAUUGGUUACUUAGUGCUGCUAACAAAUCUAUUAGAUUAUGGUGUCUAAAGGAUAUUACGCAAUAUGCUUGUGCUCAUAAAACAAACACUACAAAUCAAUCCAACAGUAAUUUGGAAAAUGAAUGCAAAAAUGAAAUCUUAUCUCUUCUAAACUAUAAAUUAUUUUCUGAAGAUCAAAAUUUAUAUUGUUAUAAACUCCAACGAAAUUUUGAUGCAGUAUGGGUGGAUAAUGAUUCUGUAUUAGUUGCAGCUGUUACUAAAUGUGGGACAUUAAAGGUACUUUUCGAAGGCUUGGAUCAAUGGUCUAUGAUUGAUAAAAGAGUUUUAGCUUUGACCAUAGUACAAUCACACCAAUGUGUUGAUCAAACAAUGAUAAUUGUUGCUUGUAAAGAUUUUUCCGUGUACAGUCUGAAAUUUCAAACAUCAGAAUAUUUAUUUAAAACUUCACAAUUGGUUGAACAAAUUUUUGCUUGUUUUGACUGUGGAGAUUUGACCAUAGCAUUUUUACUAAAACAAAGUAUAAAAAAAAUUGAUCAAGCAAUAGAGAUUUGGUCAAAUAAAAAGAAAUAUGAAGUGAUUGUUCACGAUUUAAUUAAUUGUUUUGUGUUUCAUGAUAAAGUUAUCUUGCUGUACAAUGUUCAUGAUAUUUAUAUAUUAAAUCUCCUUGAAAAAUCUACAAUAAAAUUGGAAAUUAAUUGUAUUAAAAUAAAUGGAAGCUUGAUGCUUGAUCCAUCAAAUUUAGCUGUGGUUAACAAUGGCAAUUGUUUGGAAAUAUAUCUAUUAACUUCAGAUUGGAGCUUAAAUCUAAUUUACAAGUAUCCAUUAUCAUUCUUAGAACACGAGGCCACACCCAUCAGUGUAUCAAACAAUAAGAGGUUUAUUGCUAUUGGUGGACAAAAGCAUAUAGUUUGUAUUGACAAAAAAUUAAAUGCUCAUAAAAAAUAUACAUUUGAUCCAAGUGUGAAUAAUAUACAAUCAAUGAUUUGGUCGUCAGAUGAUACACGGAUAACAAUCAAAGAAGACAAUCAAAUAAUUACUCUUGAUGUUGAGUCUGGUAUAAUACUAGCAAGUGUGAAAUUAACAGUUGAUAAGUUUUUUGCAAAUCCCAUUCUAAAUAAAUAUAUCGCAGUAAAUACCACUGGGCAGUUAGUAAAGUUGAAUUUACCUAGCGAUAGCUAAAACAAUAUAUUCAUAUGACUCAGUAUUAAAUUAUUAUUGCAUGAGCUAAAAUAGUUUAUUUAUAUAUUCAAACACUUAAAUACAUUAAUAUACAUCCCAAAAAGUGCACACUUUAUGUAUGUUAAACAAUUGAAUACUUGAAAAUAAUUUGAUUACUCAUUGGAUGUAUCAAACACUCAAUAAUACAAACAUAACAGAGAAAAUCAUCGUAUAAAAUGUGUGUAUAUACAUUUUUGUAUUUAAGUCUAAAAAUGGUGCUAUAAAAGUGCUAUUAGAUAAUAUACUUAAUAUAUAUUAAGUUUAAUAAUUGUAUAGUUGAUCAUUCAAUGUAAUGAUUUGUUGGUUUUCUUUAUUUUAAUGGAACAAAUUUCAAAAUAUACCUAUAUAUUUUUUCAAAUAACUUUUAUUUUCUUAUAAACAUAUUAAAUAAUAUCUGAAAUAAUAAAUUUAGUUCUUUAAAAGAUUUUUUAAUAUUGAAUAUUAUUUCGCUUAAAAGCAAUUAGAUACAAUAAUCAAACACUAUCUGUGUUUAUUUUAUCGACUGACAAACAAAUUAAAUGUUUAACUUUUUAAAAAACAGGUAAAUAUAAUAUAUAGACAUUUUAUUUAAAUACAAUGAAAAACAUUUUAAAUCUAAAAUGUAUGCUAAAAUUACCUUAUUUUAUUAUCUAACACUUGCUAGUUUAUAUCUACUUACUUAGACAUUUAAAACUUUAAAAGUACAAAAUAAUAGUACAAUUAAAAUAGUUUGUUAAUGCAAACUUCAAAUAUAAUUUUUAUAAUUUUUUUUUAUUUAAACAUUAGAUUUAAUACAUUAGAGUUAAUUUUUAUACUUAAUUAUAACUGUAAUCAAUGAUCUUUAAAUGCAUUUAUAUUUUUGCGAACAAAUUAUGAUUGUUUAAAAAAGUUUCAAAAGUACAAAUUUAAUGCAUAUUUAGAAAAUGUGAUAUUUAUAUUAAUAUUUUGUCCUGGUAUUGACUAUAAUAUAUAAUACAUCAUAUCAAAAACUGUAUUUUUUUAAUCCAGGAUAAUAAUUAUUGUUGAAUAAUAUUUUUGGUACUUUUUAGUAUUUUAUUAUUUAUAUUUUGUAAUACUACAGAGUGUCUUCCAAGGGUUUACUAAUUUAAAAUGACUGGAUAAUAUAUUUUUUUUUAUCUCCCGUCAUUUUUAAACCAGUGAAUGUUUGUUGGAAGGUUAUAACUUGUAAGGUGAUAGACGAUAGUGUUUACUGACUAAUAUUUAAUCUUGUUUGAUACAAUAUUACACGUAAAAUUCUUAUUUUACCUUUUGUAUUUUGAUUAAAUUAAAAAUAUGUUUCCUUUUAUUUUUACUGUUAAUAUUAAAUUAUAAUUGAAAAAAAAUGAUUUAUUUGUAAUAUUUGUAAUAUAUAAUUUUAUUUGCUCAAA